AGCCCUCAGAGUUUCAUCAUCCGCGCAUCAAUCGAUCGUCGGAUCGAUCGUCGCAAACUCCUUGCGCGUUGCCACAUCGCGGUUCUCGGUUAGUGAACCGAGUUCUUUCAGCUGGCACCACAAGCAGCUGCGGCCAGCUGACCGGUGGGGGUGCUAUCGCAAAACCUGUGAACCCCUUGCAGAAGAAAAACUCAAUUAGCGACCGCGAGGGACGGCUACCCCCCGAUGCAGUUCUAGUGGCCAUCCCCCCAUCACCCGGCCCAACGGGUCACGUUCCAGUGAAUAGAGUGGCGGUUGAUUGCGCGGUGUGUAGUGUGAAGCCGAUCCUUUCUCGUCGGUUCCAAAGUUCUUGUCACCAGGCGAAAGAUGAACCUGUUUCUGGUCGGUGCUGGCCUGAUAGGGUCGCUGUUGGUUCUUUCGACCGCCGGCGAACAUUUGGUCGAAUUCGUAUCGAACUAUCAGCAGAACGCCGAGAUCGACUACUCCUUCCGGUACUACAUCGACCAUCCACCGACCGGCGUGUCGUUGGAUCACUGGGAGAAUCGAAAGGGCGACUACGUUCACGGUGGCUACGGUGUCCUCGAGCCGGGAGGGUUCGUCCGAACCGUUCACUAUGAGGUCGAGGGCGACAGUGGCUUCCGGACGAUCAUCAAAACAACGGCCCCCGGAAGCUCCCAGCAGUACAGUAUACACAGUGCGGGUAGGAAGGUUCCACCACCAGCACCGUUAUGGUACACGAAGCCGGUGGCGUUUGUGCAAGGAAAUCAUAAAUCGUAGAACCACACCUUUAUUCAGCUGCUGAUAGCGCGUAGCGCGUUUCCCAUCGAUGCCAGGUUUUUUCGUGACCAUUGCUAGGUGAUAAGCUUUUCGUUUGUUUGUUUGUAGGGUGUUGUUAGUCGAAUUGUAUUAAAUGUUUUCGUAUAGUAUAGUGUUGCGCAUAAUUUGU